AUGGCCGCCAACGCUCUCGGUGCCAUCUACAAGUGGGCUGUGCCUGCUGCCCUCGGUCUCUCCUUCGCAAAUGCCUCCAUGUACGAUGUCAAGGGCGGCACUCGCGCCGUCAUCUUCGAUCGCCUGUCCGGUGUCAAGGAAGGCGUUAUGAGCGAGGGAACUCACUUCCUGAUUCCCUGGCUGCAAAAGAGCAUCAUCUACGAUGUCCGCACAAAGCCUCGCAACAUCUCUACCACCACCGGUUCCAAGGAUUUGCAGAUGGUUAGCUUGACUCUCAGAGUCCUGCACCGUCCUGAAGUCAAGGCCCUGCCCAAGAUUUACCAGAAUCUCGGUCAAGACUACGAUGAGCGUGUUCUCCCCUCGAUCGGAAACGAAGUCCUCAAGGCCAUCGUGGCUCAGUUCGAUGCUGCCGAGCUCAUUACCCAGCGUGAAGCUGUUUCCAACCGUAUCCGUACCGACCUUCUUCGCCGCGCCUCCGAGUUCAACAUCGCUCUCGAGGAUGUCUCAAUUACCCACAUGACCUUCGGAAAGGAAUUCACCAAGGCUGUUGAAGAGAAGCAGAUCGCACAACAGGAAGCCGAGCGCGCACGCUUCAUCGUUGAGAAGGCCGAGCAAGAGCGCCAGGCCAACGUCAUUCGCGCAGAGGGUGAAGCCGAGUCAGCAGAUGUCAUCUCCAAGGCUGUGGCAAAGGCUGGUGACGGCCUCGUCCAGAUCAGAAGAAUCGAGACACAGAAGGAGAUUGCUCAGAUGAUGGCCAACAACCCCAACGUCACAUACCUGCCCGGUGGUAGCAACGGCGGUCAGAACGGUGGCCAGGGCGGCAACUUUCUGCUCGGUUUGAGAUCGUAA